AUGUCGACUCCAGUGGCUGUGCCAGCCUGCCUGUGUGCUCCUGUUUUGCCUGUGAUAGGGAAAAAUGGUGUUUUUGCUAGCCACUGUGCCUUCGGACAAGUAUUUAAUGCCACCUUUGGUGCUUUUUCUGUAGAGGCCCAUGCUAAAGUCUGGCAUCUCUACAAUGACCAUUUUCGUCCAACUCAAAGAGGAAAAGUGUCCAUUGCCCUUAGCUCCCACUGGAUAAAACCUCAACAUAUGACUGAAAAAAACAUAAAAGAAUGUCAAAAAUCCCUUGAUUUUGUGCUUGGCUGGUUUGCUAAGCCCAUAUUUAUUGAUGGUGACUAUCCAGAAAGCAUGAAGAGCAACCUCUCAUCUCUAUUGCCUGAAUUCAGUGAAGUUGAGAAGAAGUAUAUCAAGGGAACAGCAGACUUUUUUGCUCUUUCUUUUGGAGCUACCCUGAGUUUCCAGCUCUUGGACUCUCAUAUGAAGUUCCAGCAGUUGGAAUCAAUAAGCCUGAGGCAGCUCCUUUAUUGGAUAAGCAGAGAAUAUAACAACCCCCAAAUAUUCAUUGUGGAGAACAGCUGGUUUGUUUCUGGUAGCACAAAGAGAGAUGAUGCCAAAUAUAUUUACUAUCUCAAAAAAUUCAUUAUGGAAACUUUAAAAGCCAUCCGGUACGACGGUGUUAAUGUGUUUGGCUACACGGUCUGGUCGCUCCUGGAUGGCUUUGAAUGGCACAGAGGAUAUAGCAUUCGACGUGGAUUGUUUUAUGUUGAUUUUCAAAGCCAUGACAAGAAGUUGAUGCCAAAAUCUUCUGUCUUGUUCUAUCAAAAGCUGAUAGAAAAAAAUGGCUUCCCACCUUUGCCUGAAAAUCAGCCCAUAGAAGGUAUUUUUCCCUGUGGCUUUGCUUGGGGAAUUGUUGACAACUACAUUCAGGUAGACACGACACCUGCCCAGUUUCUUGACUCUAAUGUUUAUGUGUGGGAUGUUCACCAGACGAAGAAGCUUAUUAAAGUGGAUGGAGUUUUCACCUCAAAACGCAAGCGUCACUGUGUUGACUUUGCUGCUAUCAGGCUUCAGAUCUCUCUUCUGCAAGAAAUGCAUGUCACACAUUUCCAUUUUUCACUUAAAUGGUCUUUAAUCCUUCCUUUAGGUAAUCUUUCUGUAAUCAACCAUACACUUGUCCAUUAUUAUCAGUGUUUUGCUAGUGAACUUCUCAGAGUUAACAUAACUCCCGUUGUUGCUUUAUGGCAACCUAUGGCUGAGAAUCAAGAGCUUCCAGUUUCCCUUGCCAAAUAUGGAGCUUGGGAAAACCCAGAAACUAUUCAGGCUUUUGCUGAGUAUGCCAGAUUUUGCUUUACAAGUCUUGGGGACCAUGUCAAAUUUUGGAUCACAAUGAAUGAACCAUCUGUGAAAAAUUUGACAUACACCGCAGGGCACAACCUGUUGAAAGCCCAUGCAAAAGCAUGGCAUCUUUAUGACAAGGAAUUCAGGAGAUCUCAGAAGGGCAAAAUAUCUAUAGCCCUGCAAGCCGACUGGGUCGAACCAGCUUGUCCCUUUUCCAGGAAUGACCAAGAUGUUGCUGACAGAAUUUUAGAGUUUGACAUUGGCUGGCUUGCAGAGCCCAUCUUUGGGAAUGGUGACUACCCACAGGUGAUGAGAGCAUGGCUUCACCGAAGAAACAGUAUUGACCUGUAUAAUUUCCACUUGCCUUAUUUCUCAGAAGACGAAAAGAAGUUAAUCCAGGGCUCAUUUGAUUUUUUUGCCUUGAGUCACUACACUACUACCCUCGUGGGCUGGGAGAAAGAGGAUGCACUAAAAUAUGACCACUACCUUGAAGUUCAAAUGAUUAAUGACAUCACAUGGCUGCACUCCCCCAGCAGAGCUGCAGUAGUGCCCUGGGGACUGCGUAAAUUGCUCAAGUGGGUUAAAUCAAAGUAUGGCAAUGUCCCGGUUUAUGUUAUGGCUAAUGGAAUUGAUGAUGAUCAGAAUAUGGUGCAUGAUAAGCUCAGAAUAUAUUACAUAGAGAAUUACAUCAAUGAAGCUUUAAAAGCUUACACCUUGGAUAAUGUUAACCUUCAAGGAUAUUUUGUCUAUUCUUUUAAUGACAAGACUGCUCCUAAAUAUGGUCUCUACAGUUAUGUUGCAAAUCAAUAUGAACCAAAGCUGUCUAUGAAGCAUUACAGGGAAAUAAUUUACAAUAAUGGAUUUCCUGGUCCUGAAACUCCUGAGUUGGUGUGCCCAGAAGAGAUUGCCUCGUGUCCUGAAUGCCACUUCUUCCGAACGAGAAAAUCAUUAUUAGCCUUUAUCUCUUUCAUAUUUGUUGCUUUUAUUGUUACUAUAUUUGUCAUUACUUACUACUCCAGGAGGGUAGAAAGAAGGUAUAAAUAGAUCUGUCCCUUUGAAUACAUCACUCACCACCCUUUCUCUUGCAUCCCUUUGGGAAAUCUGAAAUAAGAGCACACAAUGUUGUGAUUGCUUCAGCACUAGGAGGGCAUUUGCACUGCCUGAUACUGCAGGACAUUGACACUGAGAAGAGAUUGCUAGCAUAUGGCUUCCAGAAAUCGUUUUCUCUGGUUUAGUAUAUUUGGUUUAUGACCAAUACUUAAUUCCUGUGGUUGGAGUUAUCUCACAACUUUCCCUGGGACCUUUGUUGAGCAGAUGUUUUCCCCUCUUUGGUUUUGCCUCGCUGAGUUGGACAGGUGAAAGUAUGUUUUGAAGACAUGAAAUGAUGAAAGAGUCAAUGUCAAAUUCUCCAAGAGAAGACUGGGGAGAAACAAAAUGGUUUACUUUUCCAAAUUAGGGUUUAAUGUUUAUUGAUUGGAGUCAGCACAUGACUGGAGCAGGGAACAUAACUGAGCAGAGGCAGAGGAGAAUUGCACAAAGUAGUGCCAGGGGAAAGGAAACCCCCUUUCCUAAGGCAGAUGCAGGGGGAAGAACAGGGGGACGCGAGUCUGUGGUGCUGGGAGCUCUUGGUAUAUCAUUUAACUACUGUUCAGCUUGCUGACAGCUGCAUCUGACUUCAGGAUGUCAUGGGGGAACUUAAGCUAAAGAAACUGUGUCUUUCUCAGUGGAGAAGGCAGCAGGGGUAUGUCCAGGGAUGGCAGGGGUCAUGCCAUCUGGUGGGAAGAGAUGGGAAGGGUGAAAGGGCUUCUCUUUGAUUUGGUCAGUAAAAGGCAGAGAGCAGGAACUGGGAUGUCUUUGCUGUCUCAGUUGUCAGAAAGCUGUGUGCCUGACCCUGUGCCCUGUACCCACGGACAGGGCAGGCCUGGAGCACCUCAUUUCUGUACUUCUCACAGUGAGUUGCACACAGCUGCCACUCCGCUGCUGCCCAACUGCUUGCCUGCUGGAAACUGGUGCGUAAUUUAAUAAGAUGGUCUCUGCAUGCCAUUUGUGUUGAGUGUGGAAACUCUGACUGCCAGCAUUUUGGUGUAAUAAUCCAGCACUUUAUUGUUGCUUUUGCUGCUUUUGCCAGGGUAUAAGCUCUUGGAGCUGUUGCUCCCAGCCUCUUCCAGGUUGGUGGAGGGGUCUCCUUUGAGCAACCGGGUCUGGCCCUGGCAGCAUUUCAUCCCAAAGUAUUGCUGAAUAUCCAAGGACAUCUCAUUUUUCUCUCAGCAAGAUAAAUUCUCAAGAUACUACCAACAUUGUUUAUUAGUAGAAAUAGAGAAUGGAAAAAACCUCUACAUUAUUUUGCCUGCCUUGUGAAUCACUACAUUAGGAGUGUCCUCCGUAUAAAGCAGUGAGGUAAUUUUUCUCCGCUCUCUAACUCUAGGCCUGCAUCGCCUUCAGCUGUAAUUGUAUUUUUAUUGCUAUGUGAAUAAUGUCACUCACUGGAAAGAAUAUUUUAAAGGAAAAGUGCUCUAUGUUAAUUAAGAAUUAUUUAUCUACUAAAGCUGAUUAUGCUGUAUUAAAUGUGAUGUUUAUCUACUAGAUUACUAGUAGAUGACUAAAUGACCUCCCAGGGUUCCUUUC